AGAGACCCAAUUUCUGGAGCUUUUAUAUGUAAAGAAGUGCUUUCAAUCUGAACAUUCUAGUUUAUGCUAAGAUGUGGAUCACAAGCGCUAUAAAAUCGUCAUUUUUGUAUAUAUUUUAUAACACUGUGCUGAAGAAUAUUCAAGAUGAAGUGAUACCAGUCAAAGAAUUUAAUGUUGACAAAUAUUAUGGUAGAUGGUAUCAGGUGGCGUUAUAUUUUAUCUUCAAUCUUCUCCAUAUUUAAUAUUCCACUGUUUUUAGCUAUACGCAAGUAGUUUUGUUAUGGAUACUAUAGAGAGAAAUGGAGUAUGCCCAUUUGUUGACUAUGGUCCUCUUCCAGAUAAUAAGAUAAGUGUCCUUAAUUCUAUGAGGCUUAAAGAGCCUAAGGGGAAGGAAGUUAACGUUUCAGGCUAUGCCUAUCCGACAAAGAGAACAGGAAUUCUUAAAGUAAAGUUUAAGUCCAUUCCAAUUGAGGGAAAUUAUUGGAUAGUUAAGCUGGGCCCUCAAGCUUUCGGGGAGAAAAAUCUCUAUGAAUACUCUAUAAUCACUGAUCCUACAAGGUUAUUCAUGUGGGUUAUUGCCAGGGAUCCAGUUACAUUUAAAAAAAAAUAUGAUAAAGAAGUUAGAGAGUAUUUGAAAAAGGAGGGUUUUAAUAGAUUUUUUAAUCGUUUCGUUGAGAACUAUCAGAAGGGAGAUUGUCUUUAUGGAGGAGAGAAAAAUCAACUAGACUCUAACAACAAACCGAUAGUUCCAGUAAAUGAAGUUAACCUAAAAAAAUAUAUUGGCAGAUGGUAUCAGGCCUAUGCUUCAAAAUUUGCCAUUGAAAGAACGGAAAGAAACGGUUUCUGCUGCACUGCUGAUUAUAAAAUCCUUAGCGAGAGUUCAAUUAGUGUCUUCAACGCUAUGAGAAUAGGAUCACCUACAGGACCUCCAUCUAAUAUUUCCGGCUAUGCCUAUACAACAGACAGGCCUGGUGUUUUAAAGGUGAAAUUCUACCGAAUUCCGUAUCCGGGAAAUUACUGGAUAAUAAAGCUAGGACCUAAAAUAUAUGGAAGUGAAGGAUUAUACGAAUAUGCGAUUGUUAGCGAGCCAACUAAACGCAAUUUGUUUGUAUUAGCAAGAGAUCCAGAAAGUUUUUUCGACAAAUAUGACAAAGAAGUAAGGGAUUUCCUAAUUUCUCAAGGAUUCAAUAACCCUAAAAAUCCUAUUGUCCGUACUUUUGAGGGAUCAGACUGUAUUUAUCCGCCUACAAUUUAGAGGAAUAAUUUAAAAGUUACUACUUAGGUAUGUUUCCAGGAAAUAAUACGCUAUAUUAAUCAUAAAACAUCUCAAAAAAUAACAAGAAAAACAACACGUAAGCUGUAUUCUGUAUAUAGUUCUGCGUUUUAUGCAAUUCCUACGAACAAUGGUUUUAUGUUUUAUAAAAUAUAAAAAUACAUAUAAUACUCUGCUAAUGGGACAAGUUUUUUACUCUAAAGAACGCUGUAACGUAUAAAGUUCUCAAUUCAUUUAGGAGAAAGACACAGGCAUAUCUUUCUUUGUAGUUUAAUGCACAAACUUUUUUCUAAAUUAAUAUGUACUUGGGCCCUCUUGCGGUCAAACCCGACGUAUUAAGUAUUAUUACCUUUGUCACUUUAUAUCUUGACCUUGACAUACUUUUAGAUACAGAAUUUUACCACAUUUUCUGAAAAUGCCCUUACUGACAGUGACAAGCUUUGCGAAACUAAAGAACAAACUGCCUUAAGAUAAAAGUAGAAUGCUAUUAUUUAAAAAUUUUUCAUCUUAUUAUAUACAAAGUAUUCGUUAUAAUACUGAAUUCUUCGUGAUUAGUAUUUCUAACUAAUUAGCACACGUUAUACGUUUUUUUUAAAUAAAACACCAAAAUCUUCUGGUGACUUCUUAACAAAAGCUUACCUAGAAAAUUUUCUUUACAGAAUCGUUCUUAUUUCCCAGCCGCAACUUACCCGGAAAUACAAUAUCCUUCAUAAAUUCAAAUUUACAUAAGUCGUUAUUCCUCGAAAAAAAUUCUAUGGGUAAUCUCAAAGAGGGCGUCUCUAGGCUGUCUAGGCUAGUGACUCCUGUCGGCUUUUUCAAAGAAGAAAGUUUCAGGUUUUUCUUUAAAUAUGUCAGAUUAUUGAAUUGUUAGAUAAACUUGGCGAAUAUUUUAAAGAAAACAAGUAUAGUUCAUCCUGCGUAAAUUAUGUUUAUAAGCUUUUCCUCUUUGUUUGUUAUUUUCCAAGGUAAAUAUAUUUUUAGAAGCUUUAGGAAAAGAUUGACAAAUUCAAUUUGAUUAAUUAUGAUUUCUAUCAAUAUUUAUACCCGGAAAACCUAAUUUAAAAAGUAAUACGUACUGACAUCCAAAAGAUGGAGGAAAGAGUGUUUACUAAUGUUAUAAAAUACUAUAAUGGGAAAAGGAAUAUUAAAUUGCAUAUUUCGUCAUAUUAAUCUCUACUAAAAUAAAGCUAGAUGAAAUAUCCUUAUCUUGCAAAAUCUAAGCUGCAUAUAUAAAUACAGAAUAUAUAAAUCUAUGUAUUAUCAUUUUAAAUACUCAUUCUCUUUAUUAUAAAACAAAAA